AUCUGUGUGUGUCACACUGACCCUCAGCGCCGCAGAGCCUUCAUGUGCCUCUCUCUGUGGACACUUCACACUCAACAGACCGGAGCAGUCCACCAGCAUGAGUUUGAUGGACAUAUCUAAGAUCUUCUCCCUUCUUCAACCCAAAGAGGAUGAGGAGGAGGACACGGGCUGCAGUCAGGAGCUCAAUCAGGCCGUGUUUAGAGACGAUGAGGGACUCCUGAGGGAUCUGCUGUCUCAGGACAGGUACAGGAGGUGUGUUAACCUGCGCAGCGGCUGGGGCGUCCCGGUCACUCCGCUGCGCUCCGCUGCGUCUCAGGGUCACCUGCGCUGUCUGCAGCUGCUCCUGGCUCACGGCGCCGAGGUCGACAGCCUGGACGUCAAAGCCCAAACUCCGCUGUUCACGGCCGUCGCCAGUAAACACCUGGACUGUGUGCUUGCUUUAUUGAAAGCCGGCGCCGACCCUAACGGCAGCCCAUAUAACAACUGCUCUCCGGCGCUCACCGCAGCCCGAGAGGGAGACGCAGACAUCCUGAGAGAGCUCCUGCGGCACGGAGCCGAUGUAGACGUCAAGCCCAAGAUCCCGGACUGGGCCUCGAACGCCACGGCCUGCCGGGGGCCGCUCUAUAUUUCUGCUUGUUAUGGUCAUCUGGAGUGCUUCAAACUGUUGCUGCAGCACGGAGCAAACCCAGACUACAACUGCACUGACGAAAAGAUGCUGAGCCGCAUCAAACAGCCCAAAACUGUGCUGGAGAUGUGUCUCAAAUACGGCUGCGGGCCCCAGUACAUUCAGCUGCUCGUAGACUUUGGAGCAAACGUCUAUCUGCCCGCUUUAAUCGAAGAUAAAACAACCAGACAGAAUGAAGCAGUGACGCUUCUGCUCAAAGAGAGAGUUUGUCCAAAAACACUGAUGUCUCAGGCUCGACUCUCUUUGUGGAAGUUCCUUCCCACGGAAAACAAAAUGUGCUGCAUAGAUUGUCUGGAUAUUCCCAAAUUACUAAAGGACUAUUUGAAUCAUGUAUCCUGAUUUUCCUACAUUUUCUCUUCUGAUGUGGAAUACAUAUCUGACUAAUAUUAAUUUCCCUUUUUGUAAAACUUUGUAAUAUGUAAUAUUUGUAAUAUUUUCUGUAUUAAGAAUUAUAAAUACUACAGAUAAUGUAGCAUUUAAUGGAAUGUUUUGUUGUUUUGCUCAAAUAUUCAGGAGUAUGUGGUUAAUGCAACAAUGGAGUAGGUUAUGUUCUUCUUUUGUUGAUGUAGAGUAAAUUAAUGUAAAAGAAAAACUCUGCCCUCUAAUUGUUGAAAUGAUUACAAAAGUGUGCUUGUGGACCUUCAACAAGAUGAUUUGCUGUGGUUCCCACUUUAUCACUUUACAUCUCUGGACGAAAUAUUCAAUGAGCAAGACUGAAAUCUAUUUAUGAAGUAUUUUAUACAUGUUGAUUAAUUAUUAUGAAUUACAUUAUACAUGUGAUAAUGUUGAAGUUUACUAAUGGUUAUAUGGUAUAUAUAACAUGGUUUAUUUGAAUAAUAUAAAUAUGUGAAGGGGAAUUAUGCCUCUAGAAUGCGAUAGCUAUAAACAAUGCUUAAACAUCACUCUUCAGAGACUUUGUGAACUAGAACAAUCGUUUACAUUCAGUUUCUGGACAUAAAUAAACUCUUGUCACACUUAUCAAGUCCACAAUUCGCAUUGUUUCAGUGCAGCUGUUUAAAAAUCCAUGAUGUUAAUGUUGAUUCCUGUUAUGUUUUUAAUGUUUUUAAUGCCAGUCCACACUGAACAGUUGAGAGCUGGCAGAUAGUUUGCCUUUGACUGUAGGCUACUGUACGAAUGCAGACAAAGUUGCAUUUACAUAAUUCAUAAAAAAAAAUUGGUAUAGUGACAACCUAAUCAAAUAUACACUGUAUACAACAUUCGUGCAACGUAUCAAAAAUGCAUUUAAAAAAGCUACUUAGCUCAAAAAUAACACCUCGGCGUCAAUCUCAGCACUGCCGGCAGAGGGCGCUGUCACCACAGUACUGAUCUUUAUCUGCCGUAGUUGCUCUAGUUCAGGGCUGGAUAUCCACUGUCCUGCAGACUAUAGCUCCGACCCUGAUCAAACACACCUCAACAAGCUAACUAAUGUCUUCCAGAUCACUAGAAAGCGACAGGCAGGACAGUGGCCCAAGUUGCCCAGCCCUGGUGUAGGUACUUUAGUUAACCUACCCUUCACUUUCCUUUGUGUUUCUAACCUGUGUUUGCACACUUUAUUAUCUUCUGUCAUUGAAAAAAAAUUUUUUUUUUUUUUGAGUGGAUUUCAGUGGAGGCACAUGUUUGCAAUUUAACAUUAAUUUUGGAUUGGUCUAAUUUUGUAAUGUACAAUA